UUACGGAACGAUACGCUCAAAAAAAAAUUGUGUGGUCUUCCUUUGUUUGCAAAAAAGAGUGGGACUGAGUAGCCUAUUCUGGAGAGAAAACAGGAAAAGAAAACAGACCUGAAAACAUGGGAAGUAAAGCGCGAAAACUCAUUCUCCACUUAGACGUAAACAAUACUAUCUUUGUAGGAGAUUCAAAGACAAAGUUGACAUCUUUAGAUGGUGUUUUGAAUGAGUAUUUGACAGAAAUUUUAUGGGGUAAAGUAGAUGGAGAAGACCUUUGGAGUCCAUUAAACAACCCAAUGUCUACUUCCCCUCCCUCGAGAACUGCAAUUUCCUACUACAAAUAUGCAGAGUAUAUGUUUGAAGAAGCGGGGAAACAUAGAUCAGAGUUCAAAGACCAUGCUAGACGGUUUACACUUGAAGGGAUUGGUAAACAAUUUCGCCCAUACCUAGACAGCGUGAAAGAGAAAUUGAAAGUUCCUGAAACAUCAAUAGUUGAUGCUAAGCUGAAUGCACUUGUCAUGAAAGAAGGUGAURGUUCCUAUUACCAGAUUCUGCCAAGCUAUUUCAAAUUACUCACUUAUUUGGUUAAUAGUGAUAGGGAGUUUUCCAUUGUACUCAGAACAUUUGGGAAUGAUGGAGACCUUGCUUUGAAAGCAACUCAACUUUACACUGAAAAUCAACAUCCUGAUUUCCCUUUUCCUCCAGGAAAAACACUUGCUGUUGAUCCUGAUCCAGGAAGAAUUGUACCAUCCAGCAAUGGACUUUCUAUCAUUACUCCUAAUGGUAAUACAGUUUCAUGCCUUAGCGGCAUAUAUAAUACCUUUAGUACAUCAACAGGAGUCCAGUUGUACUUAGAUAGUUAUGACUGGUGGAAGGAGAAUGAUUUCACUAGCAAAGCUGGGAAACCUAUAUUGAUUGAUUUGUCUGAUAAAUCAGUACAGCAUAUCAUAUUUGAUGAUAAUAUUAGAUCAUGGGAUCCUAAUGAUAAUAUUGUAAGUUUACUAGUCAAGGAACGUGAGCAGUUUCUACAAAAAGACUGCAAGGAGUUUGAUGGUCUUUGUCUUUUCAGGACAGACUUGUUUGGGAGCAUUUUAAAUGAAGAUUACUUUAUUGAAGUUUUAAAUAUGUGUGAGAAAAACUUUAAUGAUUAUCAAUCAAAAAUGAAAUGUGCAGUCAUUUAAAUUUAUACAAUCUUGUUCUCAUUAUCAUUGUAUAAAGUAAUGUUUGCAGUCUCUAGGGGAGGGGGUGAAAAUGUGUAUUGUAUUUGUUGCUGUAUUUUUUUUAUAUUUUUUUAAUAUGUGACUUUAAGGUUAGAAUAAAAUGUGUAAAUAGCUCCUGUGUUGAUCAUACUUGUAACUUAGGUUGGGCUGAUUUUGAAUAAUAUUUAAUUACUAAAUAA